CACCGAAACAUCUUUCUCCAUCAUCCAACGAUCUCUUCUUUUUUUCGUUCCUUUCCUUGGGCAUCUCUUGCAUUCCUUUCUCUCUUUUAUUUCGUUAUUACAUUCGUUACCUCGAUUAUAGAUCAUUAUGUUUUUCAACUCCUUACUUGCUGCCUCGGCGGCUUUGGUACUCUCAGGAGUCAACGCAGCCCCGUCUGUGCAAUCCCAAGCUCGACAAGCACCUGCUGCUUGUGAGCAUGGUCCAAACAACCGACAGUGCUGGGGUGAAUACAGCACCUCAACCGACUACUACAACGUAGUCCCAGACACCGGAAAGACGGUUGAGGUAAGUUUCAUUUUUGUCCUUGGUUCUGGUAGUUACUAACAUAAGACAGUACUGGUUUGAACUAAUCAACGGCACUGCUGCUUUGGACGGUGUGACUAAACAAGUUUUGACCGUUAAUGGCACUUUCCCAGGCCCAACAAUCACAGCCGAUUGGGGAGACAAUGUUGUUGUGCACUUGAAAAACUCCCUUGCCAACAACGGCACUGGACUCCAUUUCCAUGGAUUACGUCAAAACUACACUAAUGAGAUGGAUGGUGUCCCAUCUAUCACUCAGUGUGCUCAAGCUCCAGGUGAUACCAUGACCUACCGCUGGAGGGCUACUCAAUAUGGAUCUACCUGGUACCACUCCCACUUCGCUCUUCAGGCUUGGGAGGGUGUUUUGGGAGCCAUCGUCAUCAACGGUCCUGCCACCGCAAACUACGAUCACGACAUGGGCCAUAUGUUCUUGAACGACUGGGACCACGAAACCCCUGAUGUUCUGUACCACUCCGCCCAGACCCAAGGCCCUCCAGCUCUCGCUAACGGUUUGAUCAACGGCAUGAAUGUCUACGAAAACGGCGGAAAACGAUUCGAGGUCUCUGUCUUCAAGGAUCAGUCAUACAGAAUUCGUCUUGUCAAUGGAGCAAUUGACACCCACUUCAAGUUCAUGAUCGACAACCACAACUUCACUGUUAUCUCAAUGGAUUUAGUCCCAAUUGUUCCUUACGAGACCAACAUGAUCAGCAUCGGAAUGGGACAAAGAUACGACAUCAUCGUAAAAAUGGACCAGGCUCCUGAUAACUACUGGAUUCGCGCUAUUCCCCAGACAUUCUGCAGUGACAACGAGAACACCGACAACAUCAAGGCCAUUUUGAGAUACGACCCCACCUCCACCGCUGACCCAACCACCACUGAAUACACCUACGUUGACAGCUGCGAUGAUGAAGCCAUGUCUAACCUUGUUCCUUUCUUUGCCCAAAACGCCGGUGACCAAGAUACCACUGAAGACUUUGGUGUGACUGUUGGAACCUCAAACAACCUCUUCAAAUGGUUCAUGCAAGGCACUACAUUCGAAGUUGAAUGGGAGGUACGUGACGUCUUCUUGCUUCCGAGUCAACAGAAUUAUAUGCUAAUACAUCACAGAACCCAACCCUUCUUCAACUCGCUGGUGGAGUACACGCUAACUACACAAAGAACAACCACGUUAUCACUCUGGAUGGCAAGGAUGAAUGGGUAUACUUCAUUGUUGAGACCACAAUGACUGUUCCUCACCCACUCCAUUUGCACGGUCACGACUUCUUCAUCCUUGCCCAAGGUACUGGCACGUACGAUCCUGCUACCACCACCCUUCAAAAGGUCAACCCUCCUCGUCGUGAUGUUGCUAUGCUCCCAGCCGCUGGCUUCGUGGUAAUGGCCUUCAUCACCGACAACCCAGGAGCUUGGUUGAUGCACUGCCACAUUGGAUGGCACGCAAGUGAGGGAUUUGCUCUCCAAAUGGUUGAGAGAGUUUCCGAAAUCCCAGCCAUCACCAACUGGACCUCCAUGAACGACGUCUGUAGCAAGUGGGACGCCUAUGUUGCCGUUUCUGGUGUUGAGAGAGAGGACUCUGGUGUAAGUUUUAUUGCCGUUGAAGAACCAAACAGUAGCUGACUAAGACUAGAUCUAAACUUGUCGUGCGGGAUCGAAUGAGAUACGCUUUUCUUUUCGUUUGGUGGUUUUCUUACAGCGUUUAUAGAUUUUUUGAUUUAUCUAUACGCUUUGUGAUACAUGGGGAUGAUUGAUGCAAGAGAAGAGCACGACUGGGUCUGGAAUAAUGGAUUGAAGUAAUAAUGUUGGAGUUCUUACAACACACACUCUUUAAAUUAGAUACUAUAUACAGUCAAAUAUGGCGGCAGAAUUAUUGUUUAGUAGUUAAGUGGAGAUAAAUAGCAGUCACUGUUACUCCUCUAGA